AAUAUAAACAACCACAUAUUUCAUCUCUAAGAAACCUUGAAGCAGUAGCAUCAUAAUGAAACAAAGUUCUUCUAAAUUGGCAUCCAGGAGCAAUGGCUACCAGUCUGACGACGAUACCGUGCGGUACAAGCUGAAUACAGAGUUCUUUAAUAAUACUAACAAGGCUGCAAUAAAGCCAAACAAGAAACAAGAAAAUGUAGAACCUGAUGAUGGUAUUCGAUACAUGUUUCCAAAAGUUUUAGUAAAAAAUCUAGCAGUAGAUAAGAAACCCAAACAGAAAAUCAAAGUUAACUUUUGGAGCAGCAAACAAUCUCUCAACCGUAUGCGCAAACCAGAUGCAAAAAAAGAAAGCUCAAAUCGCAGGCACACAGUAGCCGUGUCAUCUCAUGAAAGGUUAAAUGAUAAACCGAAGAACUCUGCUGUGAAGGUACGCAAACGGGUAUCAUUUCUCCCUUCCCCGUUGUUCUCUGAUAACCAUGUACCAAUGGUGACUGUGCCUGAUGACUUGACUAUCCAUCUUAAUGAAGAAGAGGCAAAUGAUCUUGGCGAGGACUUAAACCAAGCAAUUACUGAGCAAGAUGCUAUAACUAAAAGCAAAUCAAGUGAUUUGUUUAAAAGGAAGUCCCGUUCAUUAACAACUCAAACCAGUCCUAAAGGCACAAAACGCAAGCACAGCAGUGAUGACUCUGAUGGCAGGUCCCAAGGAAAUGAAAAUGAUCUAGAAUUCUUCUCGAAGUAUGUAGUUCAGAAGUUAAGGAAAAUGGAAACCAACCAACGGAUUUACUCAGAAAACUUAAUUAAUACUGUUCUCAUGUUAGGACAACUGUCCAAGUUGAAUGGUAAAUAUAAAAUAUUAGAACAGUAACAAUAGCAUCUUAAAAUUAAUUUUAAGAGUUACCCUUGUAUAAUUAAGUUAACAUGAUGAAUGAGUUUGAAGAAAUUGAUUAUUAAUGUUUUAGAGAAACUUACUAACUUAACCCAUUACCGCCCAUUGUACCCACUUGGGUACACCCGGGGUAUGGUGUUUGAUUUGAUUUUCUACUGUAACUCUAACUCUGUAACCUAGCAUUUGAAAAAUGGUGGGUACCCAAAAGUUGGUGUGGGCGCUCAUGGGUUAAGCAAGGAAUGUUUAACAAAAAUAAUGUUACUUUGACUGAACUUGUGCAAUAAUAAUAAACAACUAGCUCAAGUAAAUUGCUUUCCAGCAAAGAUCAUACAUCCCAAUGAAUUUGUUGAAUGUGACUCGCACAAGCCUAAUUUUCUUAAUAUUAUAAUAGUUUUUCACAGAGUUUUAAUAAGUUAUAAAUUAACUCACCUUGUAUACACAACAAAUAUUGUAACAUAUUGUGUUCAGUCACAUUUCCAUUUCCUUAUUAUUUUGUAGUUUAAAGGUAACUAUUUAUACAUGGUAUGUACUUGUACAUAUGAGUAGUGAUAAGGAGUUGUCACUGAUAUAAGAAUGGUAUUCCACUUGUCCAAUUUCUUUGUCUAAUGUGCAUUGUAUCUCCCUCUCUCAUUAAGCAAAAGGUGGGUUGCAUAUACACAUUGGAACAAGAAAUUGGAUAGGUGGAAUACCAUCCUAAGUAACACUUAAAAAAAUUACAAAAAUAAUAACUCAUAAGUACAGAAACUGAAUAUUUAUUUUUAAGGCAUAGUACAUCCAAGGAAAUGUCAUGCAUGUCUCACGUUUAAUUUAUUUGUUACAUAUUUUCAUUAAAAAAACUACUUGUCUGAGUGCUAUAUAUUGAACUUAUGGAAUGAUGUUAGUAUAUUUACUAGAUAUUGCAUAUUUCUGGUUGUUGUAAGCCUUCUUACAUAUCAAGUUUAUUGUGCUAAUUGUUAUUUUUCUUGUGCUGUUACAGAAAUUUCAGCUAAUUAAGUUUUAUGUGCAUACAAAUUUUAGUUAUCAACGCACAAGCUUUGCUUACUUAUAUGUAUUUUUUUGGUCGUAUUUAUUUUCUAAAGACGUAAAGCUUCACCAGAUGCAUAGUUGAUGGAAUUAUAAGACAGUGUGAGGCACAGGUUUCAGAGUUAAACUAGAUGGCGUUGUAUGGUCGCUUUGUGACAAAGCGGGUUGAUUGUAAUAGAGAGCUAUAGUCUAAGAAACAAAUGUGCCCUUAGUU